AUGGAUUCGUUAGUCACAGCUCGUGAUCCUCGAUAUAAUUUGUUGGGAUUUCGCUCAAUAACACAAAGCCAAUCAUGUCAUUCCCGCAUAGGCGGGAAUCUAAGUAAAAAAUUAUAUUUAGAUGAUAAAUAUAAUUUUGCCAUAGUAGAUGGGGUAGAUGAUCUAAUUGUUGGUAAAUCUAUACCCACUUUAUAUGGUAUUGAGGAGCUAAAGGGAGUUAGCUAUGAUAAAGAUUGUUAUGUAGGGCAGGAAGUUAUUUCAAGGGCUAAAUAUCAAGGAGCUAUAAGAAGAAAGAUAUACAAAAUUAUAGCUGAGGAAGAUUUAUCAUCCUUGAUUAAAGAUGAGGAAAUACUUGCAGGAAAUGAUUCAAUAGGCAUAAUAUGUUCCAGCUAUCAAAAUAAAGCUAUAGCUUUAGUUAAAGAAGAGAAAUAUCUUGCUAGUAAGGAAGAAGAUAUUACUGGUAUUAUUGGGUAUUAUGUUAUUCACUGUCAUCCCGUGGCUUGUCCGGCUUUGUUGCAUGGAUCAGUUCCACCAUUGUCAUCCCGCGACUUAAUCGCGGGAUCCAGUUAA